AUGUGCGACCGAGAAGUGCUGGCGAUUGCCCAGCUUGGGUUGGCAUUUCUCAGCGUAUUAACGGCUUUUAAUGGACAAGGCUUCAUCGAAGUUGCAAUUCUGAAAGAUCUAGCAGAAGACCCAACAUCUGGUGUCACAUCGAAUUCGGGUUAUUACAGUUUGGCUCUUAUCUACACAUCAAUGUCAAUCUUCAAUAUAAUAUGUCCAACUAUAAUUAACAAAUUAGGGCCUAAGUGGCCAAUGGCAAUCGGAUCUCUAUUCUAUAUUGUUUUUAUGCUUGGCUUUAUGAAAAUCUCGCUAUACAUGCUAUAUUUUCUAUCUGCCCUAUUGGGCAUAGGCGCAUCAUUAAUGUGGACGGCCAGUGGUGUGUUUUUGGUUGAAUUCUCAAGUCCUGGAAAUCUACAGCGAAAUACGGGCAUUCUUUGGAGUCUAAUUCAGACCUCUCACUUUGUUGGUGGAGGCUGCAUUUUGAUUGGGCUUAAAGACCAUGAUCUCAAAAGCGGAUAUAUAAUGAUUUACAUGAUUUUCGCAGCGCUAGGAGCCGUUUCGGUCUUUUUAUAUGCAGCUUUACCAAAUCGCCCUUUUCAUGUAGGCAAAGCGUUACCAUGCAAUACCAAAGAAGAAAUAACGAUUAUGGGUGAUUUAAAAAAAAUGGGCAAUCUUGUUUGCGCCCCAAAAAUGUACGGUUCAUUGCUUAUGUUCCUGUAUAUGGGCAUGGAAACGACAUUUUCGAAUACGGUAUUCACGACUUGUGUUACUUCAACUCGACAACUCUCUGAAGGCAAAGAGGAAAUUGUUGCGUAUCUGAUUUUAAGCAUGUCUUUGGGCCAUGUGUUAGGCAGCAUAUUCCUUGGCAUUUGGGCACCAUUCCCAGAGAAAUUCGGCAUUCGCUGGAUUGUGAUUCUGGGGCUUGUCCUCCACUAUGUCGCCUUUAUACUUUCCUAUCUUGUAUUCCCAGCCUCAGCUCCGUUGGGGAAGACCUGGGAAAUCGGGCCAAUGGAGCCCAGGAUGGACAUCUAUGUGUUGGUGUCAUUUUUGCUCGGGGUUGCGAGUGCUUGUUGGCACACACAAUCGAUGGUGAUGAUUGGAGAUAUAUUUGUGGGAUCUGAACUGCCGGCCGCAUUUGCGUUAUAUAAGCUGUUCCAGACGGUUGCCGCAUCUGCCGUCUACAUCUACAGCGCCCAUCUGCUCCUCCAUUGGCAACUAAUCAUCGCCAGUAUCUUCGGAUUCUUCGGCCUCUGGUUCUUCCUCGUCGUCCACAAAUCGGCAACCGAGGAAGAGAACAUCAAACGAAACCGACUGCCU